UUUAUGGCCACGAGUCGAGUUAAAAAGUUAUGGGAGCUUUGUUUUUAUUUUCGCGCUAAAGUAAGAAACGUGAAUAUAAUUAAUAAGGAGAGAAGAAGCAUAUUAAUAUUUAUUUUCUUCUAUAAAAAAAUAAAUCGGUCCAUACACGUAUGAAGUAUAAUAUAUAUGUAAGAUAUCAUUUGUCAAACUAUUGACUCUUCAAGUAUAGUCUAUGAUUUUCGGAAUAGCUAACUGUGUGCGUUCUAUCGUUCAACGUUAACUUCGCGGCUCCCUGAAAAGAGUCGGAUAACCUGUAUUUCUUUAAUGAAAUAUUUCGGAAAAGAAUGUAUAUUACGAAUGUUUGUUUUUUGAUUUUCUAUCAUCGGUGUUGGAUUUAAAGAAAAAAAUAAUAAUAAAAUAAAAUAAAAAUAAAUUAGAAAAAUAAUUCUCUCCUCAAAUAAAUAUAUAUAACUCUCGAGACAGAGUUGUGAGAUUGACAGAUCAAAGAAAAUAACGAUUUUCUCAAGAACAUUUAAAUGCAAUUUUCUAAUAAGUUAGAAAUGCAAGUGUUGUUACAAAAAUUGUACGAGCUGUAUAAAUUGUAAAUAACAAAAAGAAAAAAAAAAAAAUAAGAAGAAGAAGAAAAAGAAGAUAACGUACAAAGAAAAGGAAAAAGAAAUUUUUUUGUGUAGAGAACUCGCACCUAAUUGAUUUGUUGCGUUGGUGAUACUUCUUCACAUAACAAAUGUCAAAAAACAAAUUAAACUUGACGUUACCACCUGGCUCGAUUGAACCGGUUCCAGCUGUUUCCCCAUCACCACCAGUUCCACCACUGCCUACAUAUUCAGAACCACCCGUUAUACCUGACGGUGUAAUGGGUAAGAUGAGUAUCGACGCUAUUCAAGAAAGAUUAGAAGAGUUGGAGAUGGAUGAGGAGCAACGAAAGAGAUUAGAAAGUUUCUUAGGACAAAAGGAGAAGGUAGGAGAAUUAUGUGAUGAUGAUUUUGAAAAACUUGGCGAACUAGGUGCUGGCAAUGGUGGAGUUGUUAUGAAAGUUAGACAUAAAAAGUAUGGGCUUAUUAUGGCAAGAAAGUUGAUUCAUUUAGAAGUAAAACCAGCUAUUAAAAAGCAAAUUAUAAGGGAAUUAAAAGUAUUACACGAAUGUAAUUUUGCUCACAUAGUUGGAUUCUAUGGUGCUUUUUACAGUGAUGGUGAGAUUAGCAUAUGCAUGGAAUAUAUGGAUGGAGGAUCAUUAGAUUUGAUAUUAAAAAAAGCUGGAAGAAUUCCUGAACCUAUUCUAGGCACUAUUACAUCCGCUGUACUGAAAGGUCUAAGUUAUUUGCGCGACAAGCACGCUAUCAUGCAUCGCGACGUUAAACCAAGCAACAUUCUUGUAAAUAGUGCAGGAGAAAUAAAGAUUUGCGAUUUUGGUGUCUCUGGUCAAUUGAUAGAUUCCAUGGCUAAUUCGUUCGUUGGUACCAGGAGUUAUAUGUCGCCAGAAAGAUUACAAGGUACUCAUUAUUCCGUACAAAGUGAUAUUUGGUCGUUAGGUUUGUCUCUCGUUGAAAUGGCUAUUGGUAUGUAUCCCAUUCCACCUCCUGAUGAAAAGACAUUGGCGUCGAUAUUUGGUACGCAAAUAGGAAGUCAACCUUCAACAGAGACUGCUGCAACAAAUAGUGAGCCAACACCUGCUCAACAAUCACCUGGACAUAGCGCAGGUAGCCCAAGACCUAUGGCAAUAUUUGAAUUAUUAGAUUACAUUGUCAAUGAACCACCACCAAAAUUGCCAGCUGGCUUUUUCAGCGAAGCAUUCACAGAUUUUGUUGAUCGUUGCUUAAAGAAAAAUCCAUCGGAGAGAGCAGACUUAAAGACACUGAUGAAUCACGAGUGGAUAAAAACGGCUGAGUCGGAGAAUGUUGACAUUGCUGGUUGGGUAUGCCGUACAAUGGAUCUUCAACCAACCACUCCAACUCGUUUAGCGAACGUACAAUCCUGAAUAAAUGUAACUCUUACAUACUUGACUACUUAUAUACGCGUUCAGUACUCCUAAGUCAGUUAUUAUUUUCUUUUCGUUCGAUUGUAUCAGGCAGUGGCGUUAUUCUUUUUUUUUAUUAUUAUUAUUUUUACUAUUAUUUUUUUUAUACAUUUCUUAGUCUAUCCCAUCCCUUAUUGUUUUAACACGUUCACGCCGGCACUAUCAUUUACGUUUCUCUCUAUGGAACGACGCUCAUAUUAACUCUUUACUUCGUCCUACUCUUUUUCAAUUAAUAUACAUUAAAUUUCCAUUAUUGAAAUCGUAACUAUAUGACAAUUUUUUUUUUAAUUACUAAACGAACUAAAUUUUUAGUGAUACGCUCACUCUAACGAAAAAUACAAGUGUAUGUAAGAUUCGAGCGCGAACCACCGGUGGUACGUACUGACGUGAACGUGUUAAACAAUCAAAUAAAAUUUUGAUGACGCCAGCAGAUUAUUUACACUUAAGAACGAAGUAUAAAUUUUAUUUAUGACUAUAAAAUACUCAACAUCUAUGAUAAAUCCAUGUUCAGAACCGCCAUUAGUCGUAUAAAAAAAUAUUAACGAAUCGACUCAAGCAAAAGGAAAAAAAAAAAGAAAAGAGAAAAGAAAAAAAAAGGAAAUAUGAUUUAAAUAUAAGAUCAUAUCUAUUUGUACAUAGAGGGAAAAUAAUAUAUAGAGAAAAUAAAUUCUACAUAAAAUUAUUUCAUGCCAUUGAACGCCACUGCUCUUAUAUCCGAAUGAUUAGUUUUUAUCUCUAAAAAAAAGUUAGGAUUAUUCUUAUUAUUAUUUUUGGAAAGUAUGUAAGAUAUAUAAACAGUUAUACGAUAUAAGUUUCAAAUUACACUGAUCGAUAUACAAUGUGUUCCCUGUGAUGAUAUUAGGAUACAUGAAUAUGAGCAUCAGGUGUACGAAAGAAAUCAUUUGAAGAAUAUUAGCUAGGUCAAGUUAUUCAUAGAAAAUUUGUACCUGACAUCCUUAGAAUGUUAUUUACAUACUAAUACACAGAUAUAAACACACACAUAAACAUAUAUCACUGAAAAGACUUUGUUCCGUCGCUCAUUGCAGUUUCAUAUAGUUCUUUUAUAUCAUAUACAUACAUAUAUAUGUAUAUAUAACGAGGCUACGAUAAGAGUAUAUACUUGCAUUGUAGACAUUAUCAAAAUAAUCAAUUUUGAAAAAUAUCUUCCAAAUGAGAUAAAUAAUUUAUACGUUCCAAGUUAAUUAAUAAUAUAAAUGAUUUCCUUUCGUGUAUAUGAUUGAUCCAAAUUAUUAAUUAACAAUAUGGAAAUCUCUUAUAUAAAUAAAUGUGGCCUCAAAUGUCAAAAGAUACAAGUGUUAGUGUGAUCUUAAAAUAUGUCCAUGUGUUCACACGAAAUAUAUAUAUAUAUAUAUAAAUAUAUAUAUAUAUAUAUAUUUAUACUUAUAAAUGCAUUUGUCGUAUAAUUAUGCAUCGAGUUUCUCCUAUGUAAUCUAAAUAAAUUACAUACGAUAAACUAUCUUCGUCGCUUAUCGAUUAGCUUUGUAUUCAUGGACAUUUAAAUAGUUAGAUACUAGUAUCUUUAUUGUCACACUGUAUACUAUAUGUUAUAUUUCAAGCCAUGUAUGUGUAUAUAUAUAUAUAUAUAUAUAUAUAUAUAUAUAUAUAUAACUUUUGUGAGUAUUAUACGGUUAAAUGUAUUGUCAUCGGAUCCUUAAAUUUUUUAUAUAUAUAUAUAUAUAUAUAGAUAAAAAAAUAUAUAAGAGAGAAAGAAUAUUGAUUUUGAUCAAUAUUAUGUGUAUCAAGCCAAAUUGCACUUUAUAUGAUAAAAGCAAAAGCGAUUGGUCUGUGUUACACAUACACAUGCAUAGAUGGUGUAUAUGGAUAUAUGAGAUAAUGUAUGUAAUUCUAUUAAAAAUGAUCGUCCUUAACAAUCUCUAUCUCUCUUUCUCUCUCUUUCUCUCUCACUCUCUCUCACUCUCUCUUUCUAUCUUUCUCUCUUUCUCUCUGCUUGUCUGAAAGACGACUUUCAUAGAUGCAACUGCAGGUAUAGGCAGUAUCAGCCUAUUCCGAUUUGGCUUAAAAUAUAUCGGAGUGUAUUACAAUAAGAAUGUUUACAAAA